AUGUCCUCGACACCGUUGCAAGAAGCGCUUUCCCUGAUCGCCAGCCAGUCCCCGCUGCUGUCGGCGGAAGGGCUUAACAAGCUCAACCAACUUGCCUUUAAUACAUCGCAAAUGAAGGUCGAAGCGGGUCAAGUAGGCGCCAUUGCUGCGAUUGUCGACGCCAUGACCCGGUCGCAAGAGAACGGAUCCAUUCAGGAAGAUGGAUGUCGCACUCUGCGCACGGUGGCCUUUCAUUGCGAACCGAACUUGAACUUGGUGCAGCACCAAGGGGCUAUUGAUGCCGUGGCGACCGCCUUGCGCCUGCAUGGGGCCAACGAAGCAGUCGUGGCAGAAGGGUUUUGGGCUCUGGUCGUCUUUUGUGCGAAUCACCAUGGCAACACGGUGGUCGCGAAGGGUCUUGUAAACGUGACGGAGGUCAUGGCGACGCACGCAGCAAAUGCCGAGAUUCAAAAGAAGGGAAUGUUUCUGCAAGUUCUUUUCGGUUAAAAUACUAAGUACACUGUCGUGCCCAAAUAAUAAGUCAACUACACCGUCCCAUACACGGUCGUGGUGGAGGGCGUGGCCAGUUUUCCGUAGACAGGAUGCUUAGCUGGCAUGUGCAGUCGAUACACUUCCACCAGCAUGAGCACCGCCGACAGGAGCGCGAGGGCGGCGCCGAUCUGGAACAUGAGCAUGGAGCCUGCGUCCGAGAAGACGAGGUUGAACGGAUCGAUGAAUUGGCCCACGGAGCACAUAAAUAAAAAGCCGACGCUCACGCAAUUCGUGCCUACGAUGUUAUAUAAGCUGAAGGUUCUGGCAAAUAUAUACGAAAAUAC